AUGCAGUACAAAUUGUGCAAACCCCGCCUCAUACCAGCAGGCCAUGCCCUAAAAUCCGAACUCUACCAGCCAUGCAGCGUGGUACAUAUUGAGCUUGUUACUUCGUGGCCUGUGACAGCUCUUUGGAUUCUUCUGUCUUGGUUAGUGUCUACAGUUGCCACUACUGCUUAUGUCCACCCUGAGUGGUUCGUCAAAGAACAUGAGCAUGCUGAUGGACAAAUUCUGGAAUAUGACAGAAAAGGACUAGUGUCCACACUUGGCAUGGUGUCGGUCUGUUAUCACCAGGACGCCAACGAACUGGAAUGUCACAACUUUGGCGAAGAUUUUCCCACUGGAGCUUGGCAAACCUCAUAUGUUUUGUUCGGAAGUGGGUGUGUUCUGCUUACAUGGUGUUCCAUUCUGGCCUUUUGCAACGUAUGGAUCGUAGGGAGGAGAAACAGGCAGUUGGUGGCAGUGAUGGUUGGAAGAAUACAACUGGUAGCCGUCAUCAUGAUCGCGAUUACUCGUAUUACGUACUUCAUUACCAUUCUUUCCAGUAUAGUGCAAGUUUACUGUGGUCCUAAAUGGCCGCCGCUGCAGACUCUGUCGUACUUGUCCUCCAGGAUCCGUCCAUAUGAAAUAUCUCCAAUCCCCACUGUUGCAAAGAAAAAAGAACAAUUGUGGCCGCAAGAGCGCCAAGACUUGCAUCAUCACUGGAUCACGACUAAAGACGAACUGGCGAAAACUGUGGAUCAUGCAUUGAACAACAGUCGGAAAAUUGUGAGCGGGGAAUCAGUUGCCUGUGGAAAGAGAAAACAUUCAAAAUCUUCAAGUCAAGCCAACAAGUCAAAGAGGAAAUCCCAACGACAGUAG